CGGCGGUAUAAACAAGACGAGUCCUUCCAGCUGGGUGGUGUGCAAAGCCUGACAGGCUGACAACCACAUAGCCCUGUGACAGGCCCAAGCGAACGUACAAGGUUAUUUUAAGAAGCCUGGCUCCCGUAAUAGGUACAGAUAUGCCACUGCCUCUUCAUGUUCUGCCUUGCUCACCUUAUGAUGACAAACUCAAGAAGUCUUUCAUAUACCAACUGUCACUUCAUGUUGACAUAAACAGAGAGCUGUCGCCAACUGUUUCACCACCGAUCAUUGUGAUAUUCCGGCCUCAAGGCAGUCCGAACGAUGAAUUUGAUGGCGUGGUUCAACCUUUCCUUGGUAAUUCUAACUGUAGGAACAUUAUUCUCUUCACUGCCUUUGCCACGUCACAGCGGUAUGGCCGGGGUUUCACUCCAGAUUGUGUAUCACGCUUUAAGUACACGGACAAACUCUUUAUAACGUCCGGACAUCUUGAUACACAAGUCAACAAGUCCACAUUUGAAAGACUUGGAGAUUUCCUUGUGAACGAAUAUGAAUUUAAGCAGGUUACUGAUGAUCAAUCACAACUAGGCCUUUCCCCUGGAAGUGAUGCUAACAGCAAAGUUGACAAAUGCAAAUCUGAUGGAAGUGAUGUCACCAGCAAAGUUGACAGAGACCGCUCUACUGGAAGAGAUGUCGACAGCCAUGUUGACAGAUGCCGCUCUACUGGAAGAGAUGCUGACAUUCAUGUUGACAAAUACCACUCGACUGGAAGAGAUGCUGGCAGCCAUGUUGACAGAGACCACUCUACUGGAAGAGAUGCUGACAUUCAUGUUGACAGAUACCACUCUUCUGGAAGAGAUGCUGACAGCCAUGUUGACAGAGACCACUCUACUGGAAGAGAUGCUGACAUUCAUGUUGACAUAUACCACUCUUCUAGAAGUGAUGUCACCAGCAAAGUUGACAGAGACAACUCUACAGGAAGAGAUGUCGACAGCCAUGUUGACAGAUGCCGCUCUACUGGAAGAAAUGCUGACAGCCAUGCUGACAGAUACCACUCUUCUGGAAGAGAUGCUGACAUUCAUGUUGACAGAUACCACUCAACUGGAAGAGAUGCUGACAUUCAUGUUGACAGAUACCACUCUACUGGAAGAGAUGCUGACAUUCAUGUAGACAGAUACCACUCUUCUGGAAGAGAUGCCGGCAUUCAUGUUGACAGAUACCACUCUUCUGGAAGAAAUGCUGACAGCCAUGUUGACAGACACCACUCUACUGGAAGAGAUACCGGCAUUCAUGUUGACAGAUACCACUCUUCUGGAAGAGAUGCUGACAUUCAUGUUGACAGAUACCACUCUACAGGAAGAGAUGCUGACAUUCAUGUUGACAGAUACCACUCUACUGGAAGAGAUGCCGGCAUUCAUGUUGACAGAUACCACUCUACUGGAAGAGAUGAUGACAGCCAUGUUGACAGAUACCACUCUUCAGGAAGAGAUGCUGACAGCCAUGUUGACAGAGACCACUCUACUGGAAGAGAUGUCGACAGCCAUGUUGACAGAUGCCGCUCUACUGGAAGAAAUCCUGACAGCCAUGUUGACAAAGGCAAAUCUGCUGGACGAGAUGCUGGCAGCCAUGUUGACAGAGACCACUUCACUGGAAGAGAUGCUGACAGACAUAUUGAAAGAUACCACUCUUCUCGAAGAGAUGCUGAUAUCCAUGUAGACAGAUACCAUUCUUCUGGAAGAGAUGCUGACAGUCAUGUUGACAAAUACCACUCUUCUGGAAGAGAUGCUGGCAGCCAUGUUGACAAAUGCCACUCUUCUGGAAGAGAUGCUGGCAUUCAUGUUGACAAAUACCACUCUUCUGGAAGAGAUGCUGGCAUUCAUGUUACUGGAAGAGAUGCUGACAGUCAUGUUGACAAAUACCACUCUUCUGGAAGAGAUGAUGACAGCCAUGUUGACAAAUACCACUCUUCUGGAAGAGAUGCUGACAUUCAUGUUGACAGAUACCACUCUUCUGGAAGAGAUGCUGACAUCCAUGUUGACAGAGACCACUUCACUGGAAGAGAUGCUGACAUUCAUGUUGACAAAAACAACCUUUAUGGAAGAGAUGCUGACAUCCAUGUUGAGAGAGACCACUCUUCUGGAAGAGAUGCUGACAUUCAUGUUGACAGAUACCGCUCUACAGGAAGAGAUGCUGACAUUCAUGUUGACAGAUACCACUCUACAGGAAGAGAUGCAGGCAUUCAUGUUGACAGAUACCACUCUUCUGGAAUAGAUGAUGACAGCCAUGUUGACAGACACCAGUCUCCUGGAAGAGAUGCCGGCAUUCGUGUUGACAGAUACCACUCUUCUGGAAGAGAUGCUGACAUUCAUGUUGACAGAUACCACUCUACUGGAAGAGAUGCAGGCAUUCAUGUUGACAGAUACCACUCUUCCGGAAGAGAUGCUGACAGCCAUGUUGACAGAUACCACUCUACUGGAAGAGAUGCUGACAUUCAUGUUGACAGAUACCCCUCUUCUGGAAGAGAUGCUGACAGCCAUGUUAACAGAGACCACUCUACUGGAAGAGAUGUCGACAGCCAUGUUGACAGAGACCACUCCACUGGAAGAGAAGCUGACAGCCAUGUUGACAGAUACCACUCUACUGGAAGAGAUGCUGACAUUCAUGUCGAUAGAUACCACUCUUCUGGAAGAGAUGCUGACAGCCAUGUUAACAGAGACCACUCUACUGGAAGAGAUGUCGACAGCCAUGUUGACAGAGACCACUCCACUGGAAGAGAUGCUGACAGCCAUGUUGACAAAGGCAAAUCUGCUGGACGAGAUGCUGGCAGCCAUGUUGACAGAGACCAUUUCACUGGAAGAGAUGCUGACAGACAUGUUGAAAGAUACCACUCUUCUCGAAGAGAUGCUGAUAUCCAUGUAGACAGAUACCAUUCUUCUGGAAGAGAUGCUGACAGCCAUGUUGACAAAUACCACUCUCCUGGAAGAGAUGAUGACAGCCAUGUUGACAAAUACGACUCUGCUGGAAGAGAUGAUGACAGCCAUGUUGACAAAGGCAAAUCUGCUGGACUAGAUGCUGGCAGCCAUGUUGACAGAUAUCACUCUACUGGAAGAAAUGCUGACAGCCAUGUUGACAAAGGCAAAUCUGCUGGACGAGAUGCUGGCAGCCAUGUUGACAGAGACCACUUCACUGGAAGAGAUGCUGACAGACAUGUUGAAAGAUACCACUCUUCUCGAAGAGAUGCUGCUAUCCAUGUAGACAGAUACCAUUCUUCUGGAAGAGAUGCUGACAGCCAUGUUGACAAAUACCACUCUUCUGGAAGAGAUGAUGACAGACAUGUUGAAAGAUACCACUCUUCUCGAAGAGAUGCUGAUAUCCAUGUAGACAGAUACCAUUCUUCUGGAAGAGAUUAUGACAGCCAUGUUGACAAAUACGACUCUGCUGGAAGAGAUGAUGACAGCCAUGUUGACAAAUACGACUCUGCUGGAAGAGAUGAUGACAGCCAUGUUGACAAAGGCAAAUCUGCUGGACGAGAUGCUGGCAGCCAUGUUGACAGAUAUCACUCUACUGGAAGAGAUGCUGACAUUCAUGUUGACAGAUACCACUCUUCUGGAAGUGAUGUCAGCAGCAAAGUUGACAGAGACCACUCUUCUGGAAGAGAUGUUGACAUUCAUGUUGACAGAUACCACUCUUCUGGAAGUGAUGUCACCAGCAAAGUUGACAGAGACCACUCUUCUGGAAGAGAUGCUGACAUUCAUGUUGACAGAUACCACUCUUCUGGAAGUGAUGUCACCAGCAAAGUUGACAGAUACCACUCUUCUGGAAGAGAUGUUGACAGCCAGGUGGACAAAGGCAAAUCUGCUGGAAGAGAUGCUGACAGCCAUGUUGACAGAGACCACUUCACUGGAAGAGAUGCUGACAUCAAAGUGGACAAUGGGACAUUUACUGAAAGGGAUACUAACAGCCAAAGUAACAGAGGCCACUUUAUUGGAAGUUAUAUCGAUGGCAACAGCCAAAUGGACAACAGCAGCUGUGAUCUAAGUCCCGAAACUGGAAUCAUGUGCAAUCUCGACAGAUUACGGACGAUACGGCAAGAAAUUAAGAGAGACACAACUGAUUUGCAAAGGAAGGUGGAGAAAAGGUUCGCGUUACAACCAGGGAAACUACUGAGAAUACUUGAAGCCGUGAUGGAACAUCUGGACCACAGGCAGGAGGUUGCAGCAACUGCAGAGUUAAGGGAAAGAUGUAACUCCCAAAAGGAAGUUCCUGAUCAGAAAACUCCACUUCGGCUUGAAGACGAUGUGGCCAACAAGAUAGAGGAGCGACUGGAACUGGAUAAAGGAUCAGUUAAUAAGACCAUAUCAUUUCUGCUAGAGGUGAGCCAAGACGCGGGCUUGUUUAGGAAAGUCAAGGACACUCUGAAGAUACCUGGAAAGUGGGUGAUGAAUAGAUUCUUCAGGAAGAGCUAGCUGAGGAAGUGGGGGAUCUGAGGGAAGUGGUACUGGAGAAGUGUCAUAUGACGCCUCUACAUGAACAAACAGGUGUCAGCAGAGGAGCUCCAUGAACAUUAGUUGAGACUUUGAGACAAUAGGCAUAAACUACUUAACUGUCUUAAUCAGCAACUUUCCGGGACAGUUGCAGCAGGUAAGGCGAAUAAAAUGCACCCAUGCAGAAUAUCUAUUGACACGUGAAAAAAAAUCGGCAAUGGUCAAUUUCAGUCAGUCUGGACAAGGCAUAGCAGUAUGAUCUAUGUACCAUUUUAGACUGUGAAUAAUUUAGGCUGCGCCAGGCAGCAAACGAAUCUAUCUACCAUGCCUGACUGUAAAUGGUGCUAAAUGUUGAAAUGCGAGUUUGUAGUAUUUACGUAAUACUAACUUGUGUUGUAUGUGCAAGCUUUCAAUGUUUAGAGAACAUAGUGCUAUAUUCUAUUGUUAUGUGUAUGGGUGUAUGGUUUUAUAUGUUUGUUAGUAUAUCAGACGCAUUUAGACUUGAACUGAAACAAGAAGGCUUGGGUUGCGUAAUUUUGCUCGAAUAGUACACCUGGGGAGCUAGCUGCCUGAGCGGGUUAAGUAAUUAUGUCACAAGUGAAGCUUGUAGCUAAUCAGCAUUAUAGUAUAAGGUUGGGGUGAUUAAAAAAUAGUUAGCUUUUUCUGUUUCUAGGGUGUUGGCCAGACCUGUAUUUUAACCUCCUCAUUUUUAACGUUAAAGUUCAGAACACUGUGUGAGAGAUUGUAUCCCAUGUCGGGGCUUGUGAAACUGAACUAGAAAUCAUGCUGAUAUUUGCAAAUGUGUGCCUUGGAAAACUUGCAUUGUGAGCUUAUGUCGAACUAUGGAUAUAUGUGUUUUCGUGGACCAAGGAGUGGAGUGAACAAUCAAACAUGGAAAUCAGGGUGACUAUAUAAGUAUACAAUUUGCUGUAGCCCUUAGAUGGUGAUAUUAUUUGUACAUGGUAGCCCAAGCCUAAUUCUCCCAUAGUAAACUUAGCUGUAUUGGUAAUCUAUCAUGCAUCGUUAAUAAAUAUCUGUCUUAA